CCCCGUCUUCUUCUCGGGUUUGGGAUCCAGAUGACUUCGGUCCUUCUACUUUGACCUCUGAUAGGUUAAUGUAUUUAGUAGCUUGCUAUCGUCUUCCUGAUAGCUUGGUCUUUAGUCUUCCUCUAGGUCAAUAUCCUUGGGCUCACGAUCACCAUGAGAUCGCGGUCUUUGAGGAGUAAGGUUUUUAACGUCACCAUCGACCAACUACAUCCGAACUCCAUCUGGAAUAUAGUUGGUACUAUCUCCUAUUUCCACAUGUAUAACCGACCUCAGUCCCCAGAUACCUUCAGCUCUAUCUGUGCGAUCUAGAGAAAUUCUGCUUGUCUGCACGGGGAUGUUAGACAAAGCUAUUACAUCUCUCCUCAGCCUGGGUUCAAAAUCCUAUUCGGCUGCCCAAACAAGGUUCCAGCAUGGAAGAGGAGGUACUUCAUUGUCCGAAAUCCUGAAGGGUGAUCUUUUCCAACUCACUAGAGGGUGGCUAUCAAGGAUCCCGGGGUGAGCUUAAAUGCGGAAACUAGGGCAGUUAUCAACUCGUGGAGGGACCUCGGCCUCAAGAUGAAAGAUUUCUUGGCCGAGGAGAAGCUUGUGCGAGUUGGUUUUUUACUUUAAGGUUCUCUUUAAUUCGCAACUAACCUUUUAUGCUUGCAGCUACCAUGCCAGAGGUCAUUGCCAAGGACCUUCUCAAGAGCGUUCAGAGAGGGAAGAAGAGGAAGGCUUCAAAGAAGCUUUGCUGGGAGGCUGAUCCUUCCGCUCCUGCCCCAUCCGAAGUCCUUGCCGUGGAGCCGAUCUCUAUCGAGCUACCCGAGGAGGAGGUCCGUCCUCAACCCCCCGUAGUGGACAUGGAUGACGACCAGGAGGAAGAUGCUCAGCCUCAUGAACCGGGGAGCACUUCUGUACCCAAGCAAAAAAGCGUCCAACCUCACAGGCCAGAGAGCGCUUCUACACCGAGGCCCAAGUCCUCCAAGGAGAGCAUAAUGACUCUUCGGCUCAGAAUGCGCAAGAGCAGGGAUGCCGUCUUUCCUGACGAGGUCGCGGAGUGGGCUGACAUGUCUACAACCAUGCUCGGAAGCCAAGUUGUCGGUUAUUGCAUGGUGGUGAACUCCGCCAUUCAUUCGUUAAUGUGCCAGUCCGAGAUCCUUCUGAAACAGGCUAGGGAUGCCGUGAACUGGACAUAGCUCGGGGCGAGAUACUUUGGGCCAAGAAUGGAGCUUGAAGCCACCAGGAGCUGAUCUUGGUCAUGAGUGAGGAGAAGGAGAAACAACAAGAACUAAUCUCCGCACUGACCGAGGAGAAAAUGAAGCAACAAGAGCAAAUCUCAACGUUGACCGAGGAAAAAAUGAAGCAAUAGGAGCAAAUAUCAACGUUGACCGAGGAGAAGGCAAAGCUUCAACGAGAGAUCGAGAAUCUCGAAGCAACAAUCCAGGAGCGGACUAAGAUCUUCGAGACCACCAUCCAAGAGGCACGAGCUGAAGAGAGAAGCCACGCCAUCGAACGCUUCAAGGAAUCCUCGAAGUUCCACGAUAUCCAGGUCGAAUAUGGAUCGAACUCCUAUCGUUCCGGUUUCAAGCUGUGCAGGUACUUAGUGUGGCAGGAGUUCCCUGAUCUUGAUCUCGGAAUCAUCUCUAUGUCGGGCCUUACCCCCGAGGUGGUAGAGGUGGCAAACGAAGAGCCCAGCUCAUCAAAGGAGGAAAGCGACGACAAAGUCGAAGAGGCAGGCCCCUCGGGUCAAGAGGACGUGGGAGAGCACAUGGAGACCGACCCUCCUUGCUGACAGUCUUCAUGAGUGAAUCUGGUGUUUUCUUCUUUCUGUGUUUUGGACGUAUGCCCCAAGGCUAC